GAAAAACACGCCUCGCGGUUAGGGUUUGAGUCUGAACCACUCUUUUAAGCGGAGUCUCACAUUCUCUUCCUUCUAUUUGUCCCUCUCUCUCUCUCUCUCUUCUUCUUCUUCUCUGUGAAUUUGUGGAAUUUGAGAUUGAGCAAAGAUGAUGCAACCUGGACCUGGCAUGGCUCCACCAAGCAUGGCUCAACAACCCAACCAGCAAUACCCACAACAGCAGCAGCAGCAACAACAACCACCCUACAUGAUGAUGCCGCCGCAGCCGCAGCCCCCUCCCAUGUGGGCCCCAUUGGCUCAACCUCCGCCUCAAUCGGUGGCUCCUCAGCAACCCACCAGCGCCGAUGAGGUCCGCACCCUCUGGAUCGGCGAUUUGCAGUACUGGAUGGACGAAAAUUAUCUCUACACCUGUUUCGCCCACACCGGCGAGGUGGCCUCUGUGAAAGUCAUUCGGAAUAAGCAAACCAGUCAAUCCGAAGGUUAUGGUUUUAUUGAGUUUACUAGUCGUGCUGGGGCUGAGAGAAUACUUCAGACAUAUAAUGGCACCAUUAUGCCAAAUGGCGGGCAGAACUUCAGAUUGAACUGGGCAACAUUUAGUGCGGGCGAGAGGCGUCACGAUGACAGCCCAGAUUACACAAUAUUUGUUGGAGACCUGGCGGCUGAUGUUACAGAUUAUCAUCUGCAAGAGACAUUUCGAGCUCGGUUUCCCUCUGUUAAGGGGGCCAAAGUUGUGAUUGAUAGGCUCACCGGCCGGACAAAAGGUUAUGGAUUUGUUAGGUUUGGAGAUGAGAGUGAACAAGUAAGAGCUAUGACCGAAAUGCAAGGGGUUCUCUGUUCAACGAGGCCCAUGCGUAUUGGACCUGCCUCUAAUAAAAACCCUAGCACUCAGUCAAAAGCAUCGUAUCAGAAUCCUCAAGGGGCACAAAACGAGAAUGAUCCAAAUAAUACCACUAUUUUUGUUGGCAAUUUGGAUCCUAAUGUCACAGAUGACCAUUUGAGACAAGUUUUUGGGCAGUAUGGAGAAUUAGUUCAUGUGAAGAUUCCAGCUGGCAAGAGAUGUGGAUUUGUCCAAUUUGCCGAUAGGAGCUGUGCAGAAGAGGCACUGCGGGUUUUAAAUGGCACACUUUUAGGUGGACAAAAUGUUCGGCUUUCAUGGGGCCGAAGUCCAUCAAACAAACAGGCUCAACCAGAUCCAAACCAGUGGAAUGGUAGUGGAUAUUAUGGAUAUGCUCAGGGUUAUGAAAAUUAUGGUUAUGCUCCUACUGGACAGGACCCCAAUAUGUAUGGCAGUUAUCCUGGCUAUGCCAAUUACCAACCUCCACAGCAACAGCAGCAAAUAGGAUAUAGCUAAGAAGCUCCCAAUUUUUCCGUUUUCUUCUGUAAUCCUAUCUAUGGUACUUGCUUUGGUUGCUGCUUUUUCUUGUCUCGUGGAAAACAAACUUUGCACCUUUUUUUAUGGUACUCUUUUUAGUUACUUAUGAUUGCUAUUAACAUUAAUAUUCUAUGCAACUUUAUUUUGUAACCUUAAAAAAUCGCUUGCUGAAUACCUUGAUGUUUAUAUAUUUUUGACGAACCGAUCCACAUCCGAUAUCUUGUAAUAAUUGUGUUAUGUAUAAUUUUGGUGUUUAUCC